AUGGCGUCCAAGGUUCUGGUUCUGGUUUGGACACCAGGGGUGAUGACGAUGGCAAAAAGGUUUAAGGCAGCAACAUGGCCAUGUGUGGUGAUGGAUGAAAUUGAUGGGCGGAUGAUUUGGUCAGAGCCCAUCGUAGAAGCCGUACAAGAGACACCCAUUUGCCUGGCAAAAAAAAAAGUUGAGCAUUUGGUAGAUCCCGAGUUACCUCGCCGGCCACCCCGAUGGCGCCGCCGCACCCAGCACCAUCGCCGAAUCUGCCGAUCCCUUCGAACCCAAGAUGAGCUCCUCGAGGAGAUCUUCGUCCUUCUUCCCACGGCGGCAGACCUAGCCCGCGCCUCCGCGGCGUGCCCCUCCUUCCGCCGUCUCAUCACCGACCACGCCUUCCUCCGCCGCUACCGCGCCCUCCACCCGCCGCCUCUCAUCGGCUUUGUCGACGACAACGCCUUCGUCCUGGCCCAGCCGCUGCACGCCUCCGCCAUCGCCGCCCGCACCUUCGCCGGCUUCGACUUCUCCUGCUCCUCCUUCCUCCCAUCCACCGCUGGCCGUACCUGGAGGGCGAUUGACUUCUUGGACGGACGCGCCCUCCUCACCGCCGCCCAGUCCAAGACGAAUGCGACAGCCCUGAUGUGCGCGGCCUCCUGUACCACUUUUUCUUGGAGAUGA